ACUAGAAAAUAUUCAUAAAAUUUUGUUACGGUGCCGAAGAUUUUUCUUCGUUCACUUUUUUUUUACAUUUUAAACGUUUUUUUAAAGUUAAAUUUAAUAUUUAAAUGAACACCAGUUAAUAGUUGUCGACAAUGGGCGUUCAAGGCUUGUGGAAACUCUUGGAGGCGGCCGGCAAACCAAUUCCUGUUGAAAAAUUGGAAAACAAAAUACUCAGUAUCGAUGUUUCGAUAUGGCUGUACCAAAUUAUUAAAGGCGUACAGGAAAACGACCACGGGGCAUUGACAAAUACACAUUUAAUCGUUAUGUUUCAUCGAAUAUGCAAAUUGUUGUUUUACGGUAUCAAACCAGUGUUCAUAUUCGAUGGCGGCGUACCUGAACUGAAAAGAAUGACAAUUGCUCAACGUCAAGCCCAGAAGCGUCGUGCAAAAAAAUCGUCGACCAAAACCAAAGAGAAAUUAUUGAUAAACAUGCUGGAGCAAGCGGCUCUCAAGACCGUGAUGAACGCCAACGGCGACAAAAUGACCGAAGAAGAGGUGGUCAAGAAAACCGUCAACACCCUGAGCAAACCGGACGAAACCGACUUGUUCGAGUUGCCCACACUUCCGGAUGACACAGAAGAGGUCAUCAACAAAGCCAACAGCGUUAAAACGGAAAGCCAACACAGUUCUGCAAAUUCAUCGUACAGCGAAUCCGACAACCUGCUCAUGAUGGCCGUCGAUAACCAAGACAACGAGAGCCUGUACAACGGCACAGAUAAAGGAAAACCAUCGGUCAAGUUAAAUACAUUCUCGUCAUUACAAAUCGACGAUCUGCUAAAAAAACACGCUGACGAUCAAAAACGUAUGAUGGAUCGAAAGAAAACACAAAAAUCCAAACAAGAGAUGACCGUUAGCGAGAUGGAAAUGUUUCUGAACAGUUCGGACGGCUUGGACGAUGAUAUCGGAGAAAAACUCAAAUCGGAUUCUGACACGCUGUUCUAUUAUCAAUCGGAUUUUAACAACAAAGCAUCAACAAACACAAACAACUCAUUGAAACCGUUGGCUAACAACGAGAGCGCUACUGUGGAGAAUACGGAACCGAAAAACGCAAACCAACAUCCACCAAACAGUGUUCAAAACAAUGAAACGACAAGUCUGAGUGACGAUGAUGAUUUGUUCAAGGCGCUUAACGGUGAUGAAUCGCUCGAGGAAGACCGAAUAGCUUGGCUGGCUUUCAACGAAAACAAAAAAGCCAGUAAAAAAAGAUCAGUCGAAUUCGAAUCGUCCACUACCAAGACCAAGAACGCGUCCGAAUCGAGCGCCAACUGUGAUUAUCCCGAAGAAAUGCACAUUACGGACAUGGAACAAGAUGUGUUAAACACAAAAUUCUUGUCGAACAAGCACGCAAACAAAAGUCUGUUUCUCGAUAACGACCCAAAUGAAAUAUUGACCUAUGACUUGCUCAACGAAGACCAUUUGGCGUGGCUCGCUCUCAACAGAAUAAAAAGCGAACAAAACCCAACGAAACUGCAUGAUACUGUGACGAGCAGCGCAAGUGUCGCGUCGACCAGUACAAGCGUAUCAAAUAAUAGCAAAUGCGUAAGCAACUCUUGGGACGACGACAGUGUAAUUGAUUUGAAACUAGAUUACGCCUCCAAGUCGUUGUAUUUUGAUUCGGAUUCCGAUGAUGACUUGGACAACGGUGCUCUAUCUAAGGACGUUACCGAUUAUUCGCUGAACAAAAAUUCGAGCUUUAAUUUUGCUGACGAGAGCAAAGCCAUCAAUUUAGACGAACUAAUAAGGAAAACGGAAAUCGAAGAGUUGGCGAUGACCUGGUCCAGUCCGAAUAAGACAUCAUUGACUAACAAGAUUGAAAAAAUCGAUUCCAGUGUAGACAUUUUCAGUAAGAUUAACGCAAUUAGCGCCGACAAAUUGGUAUCUCCAAGAAAACACGUCAGAUCGGCUACGGUAACUUCGGGUGAAGUCGCUAAGGAUUUAUUGAUUAAAUCUGCAAAGACUUCAUCGGUCGAUGUGGUGACGGCACAAAAAGAAGAGGCAAAUCCGUUGGACGAACAGUAUUUAUUGGACGUACAGGAAUCGUUGGUCAAGCGUCAAAACGAAUUGGUCAGUUUGGAAAGGACGUCUAAUCGGAUGGCUUCUUCGGUGUCUCAGAAGAUUACGUCCGAAAUGAAGAUUUUAUUGAGAAUGUUUGGCAUACCGUACAUAACGGCCCCGAUGGAAGCCGAGGCUCAAUGUGCGUUUUUGGAGAAGAUCGGUCGCACCGAUGGUACCGUGACCGACGACAGCGACAUCUGGCUGUUUGGCGCCAACGUCGUUUUCAAAGACUUCUUCGACAGCAAGAAAUACGUCAGACAAUUUAGAAGCGACGACAUCAAACAUAAAUUCGGUCUAUCCCAAAACAAUUUGAUACAGUUGGCGUUUUUGGUGGGCAGCGAUUACACCAGAGGCAUCGACGGCAUCGGUCCGGUAACGGCUAUCGAAAUGCUGUCGUUUUUUGAGUCCAAGACAAAGUACAGGAACAUCGAGGAUAAACUAUUGAAAAUCAAAGAGAUCGUCAACUCAAAGUCCGAAGUGUACAACGACAUACCUUUUGUGAAAAAGCUGAAAUCCGUUAAGAUCGGAAGCGAUUUUCCCAACAAAGCCGUCAUCAAUGCAUAUCUCAAUCCGAUCGUCAACGAGUCGGACAACAAGCUAUCCUGGGGAGUGCCGCACGUGGAAAUGCUGUUGAAGUACGCUCAGACCAACUUCGACUGGAACGUGGCCAAAACCCAAAGCACGUUGGCUCCCAUUAUGAAAAAGAUCGCAGAGAGAACCAACCAGAAAACGUUGGACUCGUACAUGCGCGUUUUGCCCAUUUUGAGUGACGCUUCGGCCGGCAUGAGCAAAAGAGUCAGUCACGCCGUCAAGCGGCUUAGAGACAACGGCAACACAUCUGCCUCGGCCGAGUCGGACGUUAAGAGCGCUAAACUAAGGAAAUUGACCGCGUCCAUCGAAGCCAACAAGGUGGCGACCAAAGCGAAACGGCCAAAAAAACACGUUAAAAAAUAAUUGGAACAAAAAAAAACAAUGAUCGUUAUAUUCUAAAUUAUUAUCGUAUUAUUCCGAUAUUUUCCGUUAAUUACGUAUUAUUUAUUUAUUUGUUUAAAUUUAACGAUUAUUAUUUUAUGUACUCUUGUUGUUCGACGGUCUAAAUCCCUGCCAGACGCUUUCGUAUAGCGUUUUACUAUUUACUAUUAUCGCCGUACCGUUGCCGAACAAAACAAACACAACACGUUGUAUUAUUAUUAUUAUUAUUGUAUACGAUCUAGUCAAUCACCUAAAAUUAAAAAGCGAUCUCCCGGUUUGUUUUUUGUCUUUUUAAUAUAUAAUAUACUAUUAUAAUCUUGUCUAAAUGUCUGUUUGGAAAAAAAAACUGUUUAUUUAUUGUAAUUUUAAAAAAACCUAAUUUCGUUUUCUAGUCUGGUUUUUGAAAUUCUUUCUUACGUUGUUUCAAUUGUAUCGUAAAACGUUUUUUUCUUCCGCUCGACAUUUUCAAAAAAAAAUCUAAAUCUUAAGUUAAUAACUCGUUAACAAUAUUUUGUCUCGGAAAAUUAUUUACCGUUACGAUGAUGUGCCAAUUGAAAAUACUAAAUGUUUUAACGGAGUUUUUACUUUGUAUAUUAUUAAUGU